GUUGGUGAUCUUUACUGUGACAUACCACUAGGUCUAUAUGUAAUUCGUGGAGAACAUGUUGUGGUAAUUGGAGAACUGGACUUGAAUAAUCAAGAGCUUCCUCGAUGUAUGACUCGGGUUGAUACAUCGGAGAUAAAGAGGGCUCAGAAAGCGGAAAAGGAAGCUACAGAAAUAAAGCGGUCCAUGAGAAAGAGAAUGGAGUUUCUUGAUUUCGAUUAACUUUUCAAUACAAUGUCUGUAUAUAGCAAAUGACUUUUCAAUACAAUGUAUAUAUCAAUGCAAUGUUCAGCUGAUAACCUGAGAUAGAGAGAGGUAGAAUAAGCAAAAGCCAAUUUUCACCUCAGGAGGAGCAGGAAUUAAGAAGAGAAAAAGUUGUAACAGUUCCAAGGACUCAAUUCACAGAAGUCAGGAAAGGAAGUCAAAUUUUGGGCCUCCUGUAGUUGGAUGCAAUGACUGAUUUUCUUUUUCCUCAUGUGAAUUUUUUUUCACACAUGCCACUGAUGUAAUUGGGUCUAUAGCCUUGUUCUUUGUUCUUUCUUUCUUUUUUCCUUUUUUUUUCUUUCAUUUUCUUUUCCUUAUUCUGGGUUAGGAGGUGGUUUUACAUUGUGCGAGGCAUCAUUCUGCCCCUAUAUCCAGAAAUGCUUCUCUAAGAAACGCUAUAUGUUUCUGAUUAUCAUGGAUUGUUGAUGUGGAGUCUAUUUUUUGACGGCGGAUUGAGGUUCUAUUCAUAUGUCUGAUGCUGAUUAUCAUUAUCAAUAUGUUGACAUGGAGACCACAGUAUGAUUCUUGUA